UAGCUCGAGACCAUCUUCUGACCAAUUGCGGUUAAGUUCUACUGAAAUCUCGUUCAGCUCAGGAAGAUGCUCUCUUAUCGCGUGUUUCUCGUCGUGGCCCUGCACUAUCAGCAGCUGCCGAGAGAAAGCAGCAAUAUUUCAGCAGACCGUUCAUGAUGAGUUAUGCAGAAAAGCCCGAAGAUAUUACCAAAGACGAGUGGAUGGACAAGCUGAACAACGUACACAUACAGAGAGCGGACAUGAACCGACUCAUCAUGAAUUACCUUGUCACAGAGGGAUUUAAGGAAGCAGCGGAGAAGUUCCGCAUGGAGUCCGGCAUUGAGCCCAGCGUGGACCUGGACUCGCUGGAUGAGCGGAUAAAGAUUCGGGAGAUGAUCCUGAAAGGCCAGAUCCAGGAGGCCAUUGCCCUCAUAAACAGCCUCCACCCAGAGCUGCUGGACACCAAUCGCUACCUGUACUUUCACCUGCAGCAGCAGCACCUGAUUGAGCUGAUCCGGCUGCGGGAGACAGAGGCUGCGCUGGAGUUUGCGCAGACGCAGCUGGCGGAGCAGGGGGAGGAGAGCCGCGAGUGCCUGACUGAGAUGGAGCGCACGCUGGCUCUGCUGGCCUUCGACAACCCCGAGGACUCCCCCUUCGGAGACCUGCUCAACAUGAUGCAGAGGCAGAAGGUGUGGAGCGAGGUGAACCAGGCUGUUCUGGACUAUGAGAACAGAGAGUCCACCCCUAAACUGGCCAAGCUGCUGAAACUUUUACUCUGGGCACAGAAUGAAUUGGACCAGAAGAAAGUCAAAUACCCAAAAAUGACCGACCUCAGUAAGGGUACGAUUGAGGACUCCAAGUAAACCCCUGGCUCUCUUGUGCACUGUGGAGACACCAAGGACAUCUCAACGCUGACUUUCUAUUUAUAAUCAGUCAUUGACUGGACUAUAUAUAAAUAUAUAAAUUCUUUUCUUUUUUGUCCUUUUUUCAGAUGAGAGAACUUGCCUAAUCUGUUGUGCAAAAUUGUAUACUGUAUAAUUUUAAAGUGAUGACCUAGAUGUAAAAUGAAAAAAUAACAAAAAUAACUUAUACUUUGAGAGGAGUGGUUCCAAAAAACAUAAUUUCUUUACCAGGUUGGUCAAUAGUAUUCAUCUUUUUUCUCUCUUGGAUGUAGUGUUGCCUUUUUAAAAACAUAGUUACACUGGUUGAUUUAAAAGCCACUACAUUUUUACAUGGAGUGUACGGGUAGGUGAGUCUGCAUGUACAUAUAAUAUGGUAUGUUUGAAGCCUAAAUUAGGCUCUUUGGUAAGGGAUAUCGGGGUAGAUUCAUGUAACCAAUUUAAGGCUGGCUGGCUUUUUGAACCCUUUUUUUGGGGGGGUGGGGGCGGACGGAAUGUUCAAAAUUGCAGGUCUGACUUCUCAUUUGAAUUCAGUGACUUGUACUCUCACCACCUAAAAAUGUUCAUUAUCAUAUUGCAGUUCUUGAGAGGGCUGUGAAUAAUUCAGAAGAAAAAAAAAUGUUUUGAAACGAAAACUGGGCCAUUCUGACAUAGCUUCAGGAAUCUACCUCGUUAUGUCUUUUAUGGUUCUAAUAUUCAGCCUUGUGUAGCUGGUCAGGUUGCCAUUUUGUGAUUGGCUGUUGGCUUUUGACCUGGCUGCUAGGUUAAGACAGGCAAAGGGACAUGAGUGCUUUAAAGGUUGGGACAGAGGAGAGAUAACAUGAUCCGUUUGUUCAAACUGGAAUGCUUUCCAUUACUAAUUUUGGACUCUUGUAUUUUUUGUUACAAAGUUAGGUGACUGUUUAUACUGUGUACAUGUGCAAAAAUCGUUGAUGCAUCACAAUAUUAUUAGGAUUUAUUUUAUAUUUUUUUAAUCUAGUCCAAGUUUUUCAUUUCAUGCUAGAAUUUGUUUAUCAGACAAUAAUGUGAUCAGAGAGCCUAUAAUCUGCAUCCCUGUUCGUAAUAAACAUUUUUUUUCCAGUCAGAUUUACAGAUAUGAAAUAAAUGAUUCUUUUGAAAAAAUAAA